AAUGACCAUUAAAUGAUGUCCUGCUCUACCAGUGCCAGUCCCAGUGCCCUUGAGCUCCAGCUGGCCUCGCAUCACUCCAGGUUCUGCUCUGUAAUUGUCCGCUGUCCAUCCCGUUCCUGGCUGGCAAACGCACCUGAGACAGCUGCGGCGCUCAAACGCACCGUGGAGGCUCUGAUGGAGAGAGGAGCCAUCGUGAGGAACCUGGAAAAUCUGGGGGAAAGGUCCCUGCCUUACAAAAUCUCCAGGCACAAGGAGCGCCACAAGAGAGGAGGGUAUUUCCUGAUAGAUUUGGAGGCUCCCCCUUCCAUCGUGUCCCCCAUGAUGGAUCAUUUGGGACGGGACAUCGAUGUCAUCAGAAGGGCUUUUAUCAAACACCCCCUGGCCAAGGCAGAAGAAUGUGGUGGCAUCACCCCAGUCAGCCCUGAAGAGAAACUCUCCUCCAAAAAAAACUGAAAAUCUCAAAUCUUUCAAACCUUUCUUAAUCAAUUUUUUUUUUUUUUAAUUGCUGCUGUGGAAAAGAAUUGUGAUAAUUCCUGUCCAGCAUUAAAAAAAAAAAUAAAAUCCCUUUAUGACCAGGGGAUGUGUGUGGUCUAUCACAAUAUCCUCAUUAUUUUGGUUCAAAUAAUUGGAAUGGUUUUAAUCUGGGUGCUUAUCUUGAUAUUUGACAACUCUGCAAAUUGA